UAACGUCAAAGACAUCGAGUGACAUUCCCGGAUCUGUUUGAAGGCGCGAUUGCCAUUUCGUUAUUGACAGUAAUAUGUAAUUUUUGUGUUUAGGAUUAACAGGAAGCGAUUGUGACUGCUCAAGAUGCCGGAGUGUGUGAUUAAUGGAGUUCCGGUGAACUUUCCAUUCGAGCCGUACGACGUUCAGAAAGCGUACAUGGCAAAGGUCAUCGACUGCCUACAAAACCGCACGAAUGGGAUGCUGGAGUCGCCGACAGGUACGGGAAAAACCCUGAGUUUGCUCUGUUCAACGCUCGCGUGGAUUAUGACGAAGAAGGCGCAGCUGCAAGCACAACAAACGAAACAAGUCGACAUAAUGAAGGAAUUGCAGAAAAAGUAUGGAUAUGAUCCGAUGAAGAUGGGAGAAUCGCAAUCGUCAUCUUCCAAUGUAAUGGAUGAAUUGGAUGCAGCAUGUGGAAUCUCCGGGAAAAACUGGAACGUGCCAAAAGUCAUCUAUGCUUCGCGCACACAUUCCCAACUAACUCAAGCAAUGCAAGAGUUGAAACGUUCAUCGUACAACUUUAUGAAAGCCAUAAUCUUAGGGUCUCGAGAUCAACUUUGCAUUCAUCCAGAUGUUUCGAAAGAAACGAACAACUCCGCGAAAGUACAACUUUGUAAACUGCACAUGCUAACCAGGACGUGCUCAUAUUUCUUGAAAGUCGAGGCAAAUAAGAAUAGCCCCCACUUUUUAGCACAAAGCAUUAUGGAUAUUGAGGACCUGGUUUCCGUUGGGCGCAAGUUGAAAACAUGUCCUUACUACGCAUCCCGAGAACUUGUUCAGGAUGCAGACAUCAUUUUUAUGCCGUACAAUUAUUUGCUGGAUCCGAAAGCGAGAAAAGCGAACAAGAUUGAAUUAAACAAUACUAUAAUUAUCUUAGAUGAGGCGCAUAAUGUAGAGAAAAUGUGCGAGGAGUCAGCGUCGGUGCAGGUCAAGUCGUCGGACAUUGCAUUGUGCAUAGAUGAUCUUACACAAGCAAUGAAAGCGUUUUCAGAUAGCGCCCUGCUAGAUGGUGAUGACGACGCCCCAAAAGAUUUCACUGUGGAAGACCUGGCGUUAUUCAAAGAAAUGCUCUUAGACUUGGAGAAAGCUGUUGACGAAAUCGAAGUGACUCCGAUUACGGGAGGUACUACAUUUCCUGGAGGUUUCAUUUUCGAACUGUUGGCGAAAGCGAAUAUAACCCACGGAAACCAAGCUAUGCUCAACCGACUUUUGGAAUCUCUCAUUCAAUAUAUAACUGCUGCAAAUCAGAGCAAUCCAGUAUUUCGGAGAGGUGGAGGUCUGCAAGUUCUUUCAGAUUUGUUAACUAUAGCUUUUGCUGGCAAAGACGAGAACGCUGAUGAGAAAAUUAAAAGAUGUUUUAAAGUUCACGUGGACGUGGAAGAAGUGAAAGAGAAAAAAACAUCGACGAAAAAGGAUGGAUGGAUAACACCGAAAGGCGGGACUAUAACAAAGACACGGGCGAAAGUGAUAAACUACUGGUGCUUUAAUCCAGGAUAUGGAAUGGGUCAACUUUUGUGCUCGAACGUUCAUAGCAUAAUUCUAACGAGCGGCACUCUUGCCCCUUUAAAGCCUCUUAUAGCUGAACUUGGCAUUCCAAUAUCAGUGCGUUUAGAAAAUCCACAUAUUGUAAGCAAAUCGCAAGUUUACGUUAAGAUCGUGCCAUUCGGCCCCGAUAAGGAGCCAUUGAUCUCGAAUUAUCAUAACAGGGACAACGUGAAAUAUCUUAGCUCGUUGGGUCGCACGAUUCUAUCCUUUUGCCCAAUUAUACCUGAUGGUCUGCUCAUUUUUUUCCCUUCGUAUCCUCUCAUGAAUAAAUGCAUAGAUAGCUGGCAGGCGAGUGGUAUCUGGUCACAAAUUAGCCGACAUAAACCGAUUUUUGUAGAACCACGCGGUAAAGAUGCAUUUACAAGUACUAUGACAGAAUUUUAUGAAAAGAUCAAUGACCCCACUACUAAGGGAGCGUGUUUCAUGGCUGUUUGCCGAGGAAAGGUGUCAGAAGGUUUAGAUUUUGCUGAUAAAAACGGACGAGCAGUGAUCAUAACUGGACUACCAUUUCCACCAUUUAAAGAUCCACGCGUUAUGCUUAAAAAGAAAUAUUUAGAGGAGAAUCGGACGAGAGAGAAUGAGCUUCUUUCAGGUGAUAGUUGGUAUGCGUUGGAGGGAAUUCGUGCUGUGAAUCAAGCAAUAGGUCGUGUUAUCCGUCACAAAGAUGAUUAUGGGGCAAUCCUGCUAUGUGAUUCGCGGUUUUCUAUGUCGUCGCAACGAUCACAACUUUCAGCAUGGAUUCAGACACAUCUCCAAAAUACUCAACCACCAAGUAAUUUUGGGCAGUUUAUCAGUGAAAUGUCGAGAUUUUUCCGAAAUGCCCAGAGUACUCUCCCGCAACCGUGUAAACGUGAAGUUACCUCGUUUAGUGAAUCAACUGAUGAUAAUAAACGCUUCCAGUUAGAGCUAGCUGACAUAGGUGCAGUGCGGAAACGCUUGAAUAUUCCUAGCCGCCCUACUCCUAACAUAAAAAUCGAAAACGCAAAUGAAGUUUCUGCUUGGCACCCGAAUGAAUAUAAGGAGGUGUACGACAAUGUUCUAAAGAAUCAAACCUUGAACGGGAAAGACUUCAGUAGUCGUUUAGAAGCAAGCGUUUCGAGUAUAGACUUUAACAAAUACGAAAUGAACAAGGGUCCUACACUGUCUACUUCAUUGGUGACAAUUCAUAAACGUGAAAAAAUCUCACCGAUCGGUAAAUGUGAAAGUGGGAGCCAAAUGGUUAAACGGCGCAAGUUGAAAUUGGUUUCAAACGACCAAGGAUCAGAAUCACAAUCAUUGAGUUCGUCUGAUCCAAGUUGCUCGGAGUCGUCUUCUACUUCAACAGGGCAAUCUAAAGAAACAAAUGACCAAUCACUUCCAGCUGAUCGAACAGAACUUUUGAAAUUGAUAAAAUCUUCAGUUCCGGCUGCUUUGUACAGCGAAUUUGUGAGAGCUUUGAUGACAUAUCAGAAGGAUGAUAAUAUCGCUAAGCUGACAGAAGUGUUGAAACGCGUUUUCCAACAUCCCUGCUUAGAAUACUUGUUACGUGGAAUGAAGCGUUUUGUUAAAGCAAAUCACAAGGACAAAUUCGACGAAUAUUUAGGGCAAAGUAGUCAUAACGUUUAGAAAUGUUGAAGGUUUCAAAAUGGUUUUACAUUAAUAAAGUUUUUGAUAUUUUUAA